UGAAUGUGGAUUAGAGGGGAUAUGUCCUUACUGCUUCCAGUUCCUGGUUCCUGAUAGCUACCGGGUGCGUCUCAAACCAAAGAUGAAAGUGACUCCACAGAUAGAGAAAGUUCUUAAACGAGAGGCGAAGAACCAGAAACUUAAUAUGAAACAGACAAAGCUCUUGAAAAAGUACAGGGAGUCAAGAAGUGUCCUGCUGGUUACUUGCAACUCAUGCAACAAAACAACAAGACAUUAUGGUAAAAGCAGGGAUUUUCUGGCUACUAAGACACAAAAUUCUGGCACUCCGAGUAUGAAAUCUAGCCUGAGGACACCAGAUGUAAGAAUUCAGUCUGCAAACAAAGUGACACCUGUAAGCUGCAGUAGGUUGGGAUCUAAAGGGAACAGUCCCUCAUCGCUUCCCAGAACACAUGUAUCCGGACAGGCAACAACAAGCUCUGCUUCCAAGACUCCCCGAAACUCCAAAUUUCACUUUUCUAAGCUAAAACGGAUGCUUGACCUAGAAGAAAAAGAGAAAAGCCGGAAGGCAGAUUUGGAAACCUUCUUGAGUUUCCUUUAGUUAUACAUUAUUUCAAAGUAAUAAAGAUUAACAGCAGUAAGUAUUGUUCCA